CGCCCCGGCCCGCUGCGCACGCUUCGCUCCGGGACGCCGACCGCGGCGGGCGCUUCCGCCUCGCGGGCCUCGGCCCGGUGCGAGCGGCACCGCGAUGUGGCUGAGCCCGGAGGAGGUGCUGGUGGCCAAUGCGCUGUGGGUGACGGAGCGGGCCAACCCCUUCUUCGUGCUGCAGCGGCGCCGGGGCCACGGCAAGGGCGGCGGCCUCACGGGUCUUCUUGUGGGCACCCUGGACGUGGUGCUGGACUCCAGUGCCCGCGUGGCCCCUUACCGCAUCCUGCACCAGACCCAGGACUCCCAGGUCUACUGGACAGUGGCGUGUGGUUCUUCCCGCAAAGAGAUCACAAAACACUGGGAAUGGCUGGAAAAUAACUUGCUGCAGACACUGUCCAUCUUCGACAGUGAGGAAGAUAUCACCACCUUCGUCAAGGGCAAGAUACACGGCAUCAUCGCAGAAGAGAACAAGAACCUGCAGCCCCAGGGAGACGAGGACCCUGGGAAGUUCAAGGAGGCUGAGCUGAAGAUGCGGAAGCAGUUUGGGAUGCCUGAGGGCGAGAAGCUGGUGAAUUACUACUCCUGCAGCUACUGGAAGGGCCGCGUGCCCCGGCAGGGCUGGCUCUACCUGACGGUCAACCACCUGUGCUUCUACUCCUUCCUGCUGGGGAAGGAAGUGAGCCUCGUGGUGCAGUGGGUGGACAUAACGCGUCUGGAGAAGAACGCCACCCUGCUCUUCCCCGAGAGCAUCCGUGUGGACACGCGCAACCAGGAGCUCUUCUUCUCCAUGUUCCUCAACAUCGGCGAGACCUUCAAGCUCAUGGAGCAGUUGGCCAACCUGGCCAUGCGGCAGCUGCUGGACAGUGAGGGCUUCCUGGAGGACAAGGUCCUGCCCAGGCCUGUCCGGCCACACAGGAACAUCUCAGCCCUGAAGCGAGAUCUGGACGCCCGAGCCAAGAAUGAGUGCUACCGAGCCACGUUCCGGCUACCCAGGGAUGAGCGGCUGGACGGCCACACGAGCUGCACCCUGUGGACACCGUUCAACAAACUGCACAUCCCUGGCCAGAUGUUCAUCUCCAACAACUACAUCUGCUUCGCCAGCAAGGAGGAGGACGCGUGCCACCUCAUCAUACCCCUGAGGGAGGUGACCAUUGUCGAAAAAGCCGACAGCUCCAGCGUGCUGCCCAGCCCCCUGUCCAUCAGCACCAAAAGCAAAAUGACAUUCCUGUUUGCCAACCUGAAAGACCGUGAUUUCUUGGUUCAGAGGAUCUCUGACUUCCUCCAGAAAACGCCAUCCAAGCAGCCAGGCAGUAUCGUUGGGAGCAGGAAAGCCAGCGUUGUGGACCCUAGCACAGAGUCUUCCCCAGCUCCUCAGGAGGUGCCAGAGCAGCCUGCCAGCCCAGCCUCUCCCCUCAGCAGCCGACAGAGCUUCUGUGUGCAGGAGGUGCCAACCGCAUCCCAGGGCCUGCUCAAGCUCUUCCAGAAAAACUCGCCCAUGGAGGACCUUGGAGCCAAGGGGGCCAAGGAGAAGAUGAAAGAGGAAUCCUGGCACAUCCACUUCUUCGAGUAUGGGCGCGGCGUGUGCAUGUACCGCACAGCCAAGACACGGGCACUGGUCCUGAAGGGCAUCCCUGAGAGCCUCCGGGGAGAACUGUGGCUCCUCUUCUCCGGGGCCUGGAAUGAGAUGGUGACUCACCCCGGCUACUAUGCUGAGCUGGUGGAGAAGUCCACUGGGAAGUAUAGCCUGGCCACGGAGGAGAUCGAGCGAGACCUGCACCGCUCCAUGCCCGAGCACCCUGCCUUCCAGAACGAGCUCGGGAUUGCUGCCCUCCGGCGGGUGCUGACCGCCUAUGCCUUCCGAAACCCCACCAUCGGCUACUGCCAGGUAAGGGGCCUGACGGGUCCAGAGACAGCAUCUGCCACCAGAGGCUCACAGGAGCAGGUCCCUGUGGUCCCAGGCCUGUGUGGUGACCCUGCCUCAUGUCCCAAGGAAGGAGCCCAGCUGCAGAAAAAGACCAGCAUUCUAUUGUUUUAUGUGUUUGGUGCUGGGACUGGCCAGGCUUGUGGGCGGGGAAAGCACGCCUCUGCCCAGGGCUGGAGGGACUUACGUGGAGGGGAUCUCCUUGUUUCCUCCUGCCCUGACUCUGCCUUCUCUCCGGGCACAGCUCUGAGCCCAGAGGAAGCCGAGUCAGCCCUGGAGGCAGCGCAUUAUUUCACAGAGGACAGCUCCUCAGAAGAAGCACCACCACAGGAAGAGCAAGAAGGAAGUGGCAGUGAGGAAGUCCAGGAAAAGAGAGGAGAGGAGAAGGGGACCAGCUCUCCGGACUAUCGGCACUACCUUCGAAUGUGGGCCAAGGAGAAAGAGGCUCAGAAGGAGACAAUUAAGGAUCUUCCCAAGAUGAACCAGGAGCAGUUCAUUGAGCUGUGCAAGACGCUUUACAACAUGUUCAGUGAAGACCCCAUGGAGCAGGACCUGUACCACGCCAUCGCCACCGUGGCCAGCCUCCUGCUCCGCAUCGGAGAGGUGGGGAAGAAGUUCUCGGUCCGCACAGGCAGGAAGCCCAGGGACUGUGCCACUGAGGAGGACGAGCCACCAGCACCUGGACCCCAUCACGACGCAGCCAGGGAGCUUCAGCCCCCAGCUGCAGGAGACCCCCAAGCCAAAGCUGGCGGAGACACACACCUCGGGAAAGCCCUACAGGAGAGCCAGGUGGUGGUGGAGGGGGGCAGCGGCGAGGGACAGGGCUCACCCUCCCAGCUGCUGUCUGAUGAUGAAACCAAAGACGACAUGUCCAUGUCCUCAUACUCGGUGGUCAGCACGGGCUCCCUGCAGUGUGAAGACCUCACAGACGACACGGUGCUGGUGGGAGGGGAGGCCUGCAGCCCCACAGCCCGCAUCGGGGGCACUGUUGACACCGACUGGUGCAUCUCCUUCGAGCAGAUCCUGGCCUCCAUCCUGACGGAGUCUGUGCUGGUGAACUUCUUUGAGAAGAGAGUGGACAUUGGACUCAAGAUCAAGGACCAGAAGAAAGUGGAGAGACAGUUCAGCACCGCCAGUGACCAUGAGCAGCCCGGAGCUUCCGGCUGAGGCCUGCAGGGGUGAGGCCUGGUCCGAGCUGUCAUCGGUGGAACUGGCCUCAUCUCCUGCCUUUCCUCCCUUAUCAGUUUUUCUUGAAAAGUGUGCCCCUCCUGCUCUCCCAGGAGCAGUGAGUUGUGAAUGGAAAGAAGGCUGGUGCAGACCCAGCUGCCUUAGACAGAUUCCCUGGGCCUGCAUCUCCCGGCGCUGGCUGCUUCUGGGCUCAGGAAGAGGCUGUGGCUCCCACCUUCCUUACACCCGCUGGGAGCACGUCUUGCACCAGCUGCACCUGCCUAGUGUUAGAGGCUCUCAGAUCUGCUCUUGCUUGCCUCAUACCUCUGUGCCCGCACUGUGGCCAGGCCAGCUGAGUCCCUCCAUCUGUGGAUGCUCUUCUGCAGCUGUGUGGUGCAGGGGUCAUUCCUGCCGCUUGGCACCAGAUGGGGGGCAUGUGCUUGUUGGGCAGCGAAGUGAUGGAACCCUCAGGUGCCCUCCGGGAACCUGAACCUCCUGAAUGAGGAACAUGGACAGAACACGUUUACCGCAGAAUGGUCGCUGCGCUUAGGCGUGGCUGUACACACGUUCUCAGCUCAUCAUCCUUUCCAGUAACUUUAAAAGCACAUCCCUCAGAUCCUGAUAUAUUUCCCUGGAUUCAUUUCACUUGGCUAGAGAUUACACUGUGCUCAAUGCCUUAAUAAAUCCCUGAAAGAAAUAAAACCCACACUGUGUGCAAUGCCUUGCUGUGGCCCCCAACCACUGCUUAGGCCUCCCAACUUCUCCCCAGGCCAAGUACAGGGCCCUGGCUGCAUUCUGGAAGUUCAAGACAGUCCUCUGCAGGGGGUGGAAGAGUGCAAGGCCUGCCAGGUCAGAUGGAGAAGCAGAACCUGCUGGUGCAGGCAGGGCAGGUCCUGACCAACCUGCAUCAGGGGAUGCCCUGAGCUCCACAGGUCUUUUUGGGCAGGAGUCAUGAGUCCUGGUGAAGGAAGUGCAUCCUCAGGCCUGGGCUGUAGCAAGCUGUCUGCCCUUGGGUUCAAGAACCAGACUGUGGAGCCACAGGUGACCAGAGGGGGCCCCAGGGCUGAGCCACAAGGAUACCCUCACUUUGCAGGAGGAGCUGAAACUGACCAGUGUCCAGUGUUUGCCCCCACAUGGGGCUACUCUUGCUUCUACUAAAAGAUAUAGCAGUUACCCCCUUAUCCACGGGGGAUACAGUCCCAGACCCCCAGUGGAUGCCUAAAACCACAGAUAACAAACCUUAUACAUACUGUUUUUUCCUAUACAUACAUACCUGUGACUUAAGUUUAUGAAGUAAGCACCUUAAGAGAUUAACAAUAAUAAUAAAAUGUAAUGGUUAUACUGUAA